AUGAACUGUUCGAAUGUGUUUCAUUUGAAUAUUCUUUCUCGUUCACAAUUUAUCAAUCAAUAUGAUCAACUUUUAUUACGAUUUGGUUAUUUAGGAGAAGAAGAACAUGUUUAUAAGUUAAUCGUGAAUGCAUUUGAUUGUAAUCCAGUGGAAAAGUGUCGUGAAGGAAGAAGAUUAAACAAUUCAAUGAUGAUUGAAAUAGAAAUUUUGAAUUCGAACGAAGAACUUGACUUAAUUCCAUUGAAUUUCGACUUGAUUAUCCCGUUAAAAUCACCAUUAAAACAAGGUGAUUCACUGGGUCAAGUGAAGCUGAAGCAAAAACGAGAAAAUCUAUUAUUUGAAAUUUCUAAUGAAAUAGUUCGCAAUGAUAUCAAAGUCAACGAGCAAACAGGCGAAUUAAUUUUAUUAAAUGAAAAAAUUUUAUCCAAUCGAAAUUCUUAUUCAUUCGCCAUUCGAUAUUUUCAUCUGAGAAAACAAAAAUUUUUACCCAAACAAACUCAAAUCUCCAUUUAUUUUCGUUUUAUGGAUCAAAUUCAAAUCAUUUCCUUAUCUUAUUUUAAUCAAUCAUCAGUCAUUCUCUCUCAAAACGAGAAUCUCUUUCUUAUUCCUGACAAGUUUCCUUUGAACUCAAGUGAAAUCCUAUUUUCCUUACAAAUCCUUCCAUUUUAUUACUCUUCUGAUGAAUAUUUUCUUUAUUUAAACGAUCAUCAAUCAACAUUUUCACUCAUUCAUCUACAGAAGAACAUUUAUUCACUAAAACGUCUUCAAUCGUCUUUAUUUCACCAAACACCGAGCCAUUUCCUUCAUUUUUCUCUUCAACAUCAAUUAACAAAACAAUUUUUAUCGUCAGAAUUCCUCAUCGAACUCCACUCGAUUUCAAACCGAACAAAUCUCUGUCAGAAACACUUUCCCUACGAGAUUUUCGAAUCCUCAACAAAAAAUCACCUCGGCAACCUGCAAGUUCUCCACACAAGUAACGAAGAAAUCUCUUCAUUCUCCUCUUUUCAAGUUUCCGAGGACAAUCCCAAUGAAAUUUUCAUCGAUCAAUGCCGAAUGGAACUUCUUCAACUCAAUUCCUCUUUUCCUUUGUCUCAAUUUCAACUAUGUUCGUCGUUUUUACAAUCCUGUUUCGAAGUUCAAAGCAACGUUUCAUCUUCAACUCGAAUGUUUUCGUUCGAACCGACAAAAAUCAAAUUACUCUUCUCGUUAGCGCCUAUCGAAUUAGCGAUGGUGUCGUUUGCCGUAGUGUUUAUCUUGGUUAUGUUCACAAUGAUUGUGAUCAUUUGCCGAUUGAAGGGAGUGAAUCUGUGUUUAAGAAUCAAAAACUACUUGUUUUACGGAAAGAAAUAUGGUUUAAGUCAUGCACAGCGUCUUUCAAAUGCUAAAAUGACUCAAAGAGUUCAUUCGAUUGUUAUUCGGGAGUCUCAUUCACCUUCGAUGGAAUCGAUAAAAGAAAAAACAAAAAUCGAUGAGUUCGCAAGAGAAGAAUCAAAUUCACAGAUCAAUGUUUCAAAUGACUCAAGUCGAGAUAGUGGAAGCAAUCGAAUUUUGGAAGAAACAAAUCAACUACUAGAUUUAUUAGUCUCAAAUCGUAACUUACAUUCACCGAGACUAGCCUCUGAAGUGUAA